UAUUAUGAACAGUUGUUUGUUCGUUCGAAUUCAAACGAUCGUUUUUGUUUUUUUAAUACACAUCUGAUUUGUUUUACUUGUUGUUGUUGUUUGUUAAAUGUAUUUAAAAUAUUUAUACGGGCUGCGCGUUUUGUACAAUCGUUUCGCUUCUUGUCGUUAAUAAAACUUUUAAUAAUAAUUAUAAUUAUAAUAAUAUAAAAUAUAUAUUUUAAUAAUUUUAUGUCAUCUCUACUAGCACAACUACUUAAACGACAUUAACCUAAUAAAUGCCACACAUUUGAAAUCCUACUGUGUAUAAGCAACUAAACAAGAAGUGUUAUCUUUAAACAAGACCUUUGUUUAACUAAAGAAAAAGGCCUUGAUUUUUUAAAAUCUUUAACGUUUCCUGGUUACAAAACUAAACUUUCAACAAGAAACACACAUACACAAAAGCCAUACUAUAAUUGUGUCUCAAAACCACCGUUGAUUAAAGCCAAUAUUACUCUAUAAUAAAUAAACAGAUUUCAAUAUGCCGGGAGAGGCGGUACAAGUAAUCUCCACAUCGGAGGAACACACAUUCAUACUAAAUGAAGAUAAUUUAAGUGAGGUGCUGAUGCGAGAAGAGGUCAAAGAUCGUUAUGUGUGUGUGGUAUCAGUAGCGGGAGCAUUUCGUAAAGGAAAAAGUUUUCUUUUAGAUUUCUUUCUGCGUUACAUGUAUUCAAAGUAUGUACGCCAUGAUGUUAGCGAUUGGUUGGGAGAUGAAGAGUCACCUCUGAUUGGUUUCUCUUGGCGUGGCGGUUCUGAGCGUGAUACAACUGGUAUACUUAUGUGGUCGGACAUAUUUUUGCACGACUAUCCCAAUGGUGACAAAAUUGCCAUUAUACUGCUGGAUACACAAGGAGCCUUCGAUAGUCAAAGUACCGUACGUGAUUGUGCUACAGUAUUUGCUCUAAGCACCAUGUUGUCAUCUGUUCAAAUCUACAAUUUGUCACAAAACAUCCAAGAGGAUGAUUUACAACAUCUGCAAUUAUUCACAGAAUAUGGCCGUUUGGCUUUAGCCGACUCUGGUAAGAAACCUUUCCAACGUUUACAAUUUCUGGUGCGUGAUUGGAGUUUCCCCUACGAAGCCGAAUACGGCGCCUUGGGCGGUGAUCAAAUUCUGAAAAAGCGCUUAGAAAUAUCGGAUAAACAACAUCCCGAAUUGCAAUCGCUCAGACGUCAUAUUUCCUCGUGUUUCCAAGAAGUCGCCUGUUUUCUUAUGCCCCAUCCGGGUCUGAAUGUUGCUACAAAUCCCAAAUUCGAUGGUCGUCUCAAAGAUAUAACACCCGAAUUUAAACAAAGUUUAAGAACUUUAGUGCCCAUGCUGUUGUCGCCCGAUAAUUUGGUGUACAAGGAAAUCAGUGGUCAGCGCAUUAGGGCCAGAGAUCUUAUACAAUACUUCCAAUCGUAUAUGACAAUUUACAAGGGCGACGAGUUGCCAGAACCUAAAAGUAUGCUGGUGGCUACAGCCGAAGCUAAUCAUUUAACUGCGGUGGCAAAUGCCAAAGAGUUGUACAAUCAACUGAUGGAAGAUGUUUGCGGUGGCACUAGACCGUACUUAAGCACUGGCCAUUUGGAAGCUGAACACUUAAGAGUUAAGGAUAAAGCUGUAUUUCAGUUCCUUGCCAAACGUAAAAUGGGCGGUGAAGAGUUCACCGAAAAGUUCCGUAUACAAUUGGACUCUGAUCUUGAAGAGAUCUUUUCUUCUUAUAAAGCGCACAAUGAAAGUAAAAAUAUAUUUAAAGCCGCACGUACACCAGCUGUUUAUUUUGCCCUCGCUGUUGUCUUUUACAUUCUAAGUGGCAUCUUUGGUCUGUUGGGCAUGUAUACCUUUGCCAAUUUCAGUAAUUUAGUUAUGGGCAUUUCAUUGCUCACAUUAUCAUUAUGGGCGUAUAUAAGGUACAGCGGUGAAUUGAGUGAUUUUGGUAUUAAACUAGAUGAUUUUGCGACGUUACUAUGGGAGAACUUUAUGAAACCGGUUUAUCAGGGCUGCAUGGAAAAAGGCAUACAGCAUGUUGCCACACAUGCUGCUGAAGCGGCAGUUGGUGGUGGUAGUCGCACAUCAUUGAAUGGAAAAUUGAAAAGUUCAUGAGAAUACGCCAAUAUGCAAAAAAAUCAUAAUGAUGCAAGUGGCUAUAAAAAGCCAAAGGCAACAAAUGAUAAAGAGCCGUCAACAUCAUCAUCAGCAUCAUCGGCAACAACACAACAGCAAAACAUGGUAGUUAAUAAUAGUAAGCAACAAAUAGGAAAGCAAACAGCAACAGGAACAUCAACGAAUAACAACUAUUUAGGUCGUAAACUGAAGCCACAACAAACAGAAACCACAUCAUUGAAUGCUGCCAGUGGUACCACAUUAUUUGCCUCCAUAUGGAGUAAAUUCUCUGCCACAUGUAAUGAAGCCAAACAACAAAAGAUCUUACAAAAGCAAGCUUCUACUACAGCAACAUCGUCCGCAGCAACUUCGAAUGGCAAUGCAAAUGGUAACAAUGUUACCAAUCGUAAAAAAAGAAAAUCGAAGAAGAAUUCCAAUUCAACUUCGUAUAUGGCAAAAUAAACAAACAACAACAGCAACAACUUUUUUUCACAAUUGUCCUUAAGUAAAUGUAAAAGCCAGCCUUCCUUUUGUCCUCUCCUAAACCUCCAAGUCCCACAAAACCAAUUUUUUUAUUCCCUAAUAUUUUUUAUGAUUAUAAUUCUUGUAUUCCUGGUAUGUUGUUUUUAAACAAACAGAAAGAUAAAAAUCUUAGCCACGUAAAUUUAUAUUAAAUUAAAUAAUAAAAAAAACAAAAACAAAAAGAAUACAGAAAUUACAACAAAUUUAAAAUAUUUCUAGUUUAAAAACAUUAAUUAUGCUUAAAAUAAUAAUAAUAAUUAAUUUAAAACAAAACUAAAAAUAAAGUCAUAAAUAAAAAAUAAAUAGAAAAAAAAACAGCAAAGCGCAGGCGUUAUUAGGGAUCGUUACAAUUUAAUAAGUCUCACAAAAUUACUUAUACGGGGGUUUUCUAAUCAAAUACUUUAUUAUUUACAUUUUAAAUAAGGCUUUUUUUACAAAAACACCACUAACAAACAUUUCCUACCAUUUUUUGUUUCUUUAAUCAAAAUUUCGUUAAACUAAUAAUAUGUUGUCUUUGUUUUUUGUGGCCACUUUUGCUUUAAAAUUUGUUUUAAUGUGUCAUUAAGUAUAUUAUAUAUUUUAAUUUGUUCUAUUUUUAAUAUGAAUUUUAUUUUGUAUAAUUUUUUUUGUUUAUUUCCUCUGUUAAUUUAAUAAUUACUUUUUUAUAUAUAUAAAUAAUUUUUUUUAUACAUAUCCUCUCAUGGUUAAGGUAUGAUAAAAUUUUCCGUAAGAAAAACAAAAAAAAAAUAAUGAGAUAGCAGUCGAAAAAAGAAGUUAAAGUUAAAUGCAACAGUAACUGAUGCAAUGGAUGAAUUUAAAAUUUGUUUUAAUUGAAUUAUAGUAAUAAAAAGAAAAUAAAAAUUAAUAAAGAUAAAAAAUUAAUUAAAAAAAAGUAUAAA